AAGUAAAAAAAAAAAACAAAAGGGGUUUACUAGCGCUGUUAAUUUACCGUUUAAUCAAACACGUAAACUCAUCGACGGCCCUGCCUGCUAUAAAUAUUUUACACGUGGCGUUAAUCUAUUGGGAGAUUGCUAUUUAUGUAUCUCCCAUCCAAGGCUAGGCCGGCGAUUGCUGACUCGGGACUCCUGUUCCGCGCAUCGUCGCAUGCUAACCGUCGUCUCUGCCUUCCCGACCGCCCCGCGGCUCGCCCUCUCCACCCUUCUCCGCCACCGCCGCAGUUAUUCUCUCCGUCUUUGCCUCCCCUUCUGCCAACACCACGCCCCAUCGCCCCACUCAUCUUGCGCCAUGGCAUCCACCGAGGCCAAUCGCGGAGCGAAGAAGGAGGCGGCGGCGGAGGUAGAAAAGGGGGAGAAGACCCCGACGCCCACUGCAGAUCCGUCGUCUCCUCCUCUUCUUAUGCCUCCGGAGAAGCCUCUUCCCGGCGAUUGCUGCGGGAGCGGAUGCGUCCGGUGCGUGUGGGACAUCUACUACGAGGAGCUCGAGGCCUACAACGAAAGCCUCGCCGCCUCGAGAUCCAAGUAGCGCCUAUACCUAAUCCAUCGUAAUUCAUGCAUUCUCGAUUGUGCAAUUGUAGUUUAUACCAUUCGAAUUCUUCAUUUGGCUUUUGCCCUAAUUUCGAUUGAUUCGACAGCCAUAUGCCGAUCGAUGUAUCAGAUCCAUUGUAUUUUUAGGGCAUAGGGCGAACUGGUUCAUUUGCGUAGAUCAGAAGAUCCACUGCGUUUUUGCUUAAUAAUUUUCGGUAAAAGUGAUGUAUUAAGGUCUAUUUUCUUUAUCUAUCGUGUUUUUUCUA